AUGGCAAGGCCAAAUCAAUCCAGCUCUUGGCCAAAAUUGUUUGCCCAGCAAUUGCAGUGUUACUGUUUGACUGCUAUUAAGGAUGAACUUGCUAUAUGUUUGAUUGAUGAGUUGCUAACGCUGGACCCCAGCAAGAGAUUGGAGGCCGAGAAAGCUCUUGAUCAUAUGUUCUUCUAUACUGCACCUUAUUCUAGAGAUGACUUCAAGGAUUUGAUGGACACUGUUAAAACAUCUCAAUUUGAAUAUACAGCCGGAGGUGGUGCGCACGCUAACCGGGGCAGAGCAGUUGGUGCUGGCCAGCGUAUGCCGCACCGACCACAAGUUACUCAAACGGGCCAAUUUCAUGAUAUGAUUUUCUAG